AUGAGCCAAGUAGUAGAGGUAUGUCGUUAUACCUGCACACAUGAUGAUGGGGACGACACCCCGUUGCAGUGUCUUUCGGAGUUAGAGGCAGCUGCUCCAAAGAUGGUGAAUCCACAUCUUUCUAGUUUCCUCGAGAUGUGCAUUGCGUGCGUUCUCAACACUGAAAAAGACGACGCCUACCGUCAUUCGGCAACUGAAGUCCUCGCGACAAUUUGUGAAUACUCUGCAGCAGUGUUGAAAAAACGCUACUCGCAAAGCAUUUUCUUCAUAUUGAAAGCCGUGCUGCUCCUUAUGACUCAUCUAACCAUGGAUCUGAAUGAGUGGCUUGAAGUGGAUGAGCUCGAUGCUGAGGACGAUGAGGAGUCUGUUGCUGUGGGCGAAUCGGCGUUGGAUAGAAUAGCUUGUGCCUUGAACGGGAAGUACAUCCUGUCGUCGUUCGUCGCAUUAACUGGCAAGCUGCGUCAUUCAGAAGAUUGGCGUGAACGUCACGUUGCUCUUAUGGGUUUUUCUGUGAUCGGAGAGGGAUGUCAGCGCGUAAUGGAGCCUCAAAUACAAUCUAUUGUCAGAGAGCUUAUUCCGUUUCUAAAUGAUAAGCAUCCCCGUGUUCGCUACGCUGCAUGCAAUGCUAUCGGGCAAAUGUCUUCAGACUUUGCUCCAACGCUGCAAAAGAAAUGUCAUGAAUGGGUUGUUCCUGCCUUGAUGAAUACCUUACUUGAUAACACAUGUGAUCGUGUAUCAGCACACGCUGCAGCUGCUUUGAUUAAUUUUUGUGAAGAUUGUCCAAAGCAGGUAAUUGAGAAGUUUUAUUCAUGUCUUGUCAAUUAA